UGCCCCACCGCCAAGCAUUACGUCCGAACAUUCAAGCUCAACCAGCUCCGCCACGAGAUCGCGUGCAUCAACGCCGGUGCCACGUAUCCUAUACCUUUUGAUCCUUCUUCCCACGGCCCCCCGGUUAACAUUAAAGGGAUGCCUGUUGCCCCUCGAACGAGCCCACCGAACAAGAGCAAGACAUCUAACUCAAACCGCCCGAAUCAAACUGCGCCACCUGUUGACUGUGCCCGUCCUAAUGUAGGCCCAACAGCUAAGAGUCACAAAAAGACAGGUCAUAAUGGAUGUACUUCUCUCUAUUGCAAAUCUUGUUGUCAACAAUUCACGCCUCCAGGAGGCUGUUACGUUCAUCGCCCCAAGGGACAACCAGUCCAAGAACAGCAGGUUCCGCCAGCGGCACAGAUUCCUGCAAUUGCGACUCUGCAAGGGACAACCUCUCAAGUACGGAUUGCACCCCCAGCCCCCUUACCCGCAGCAAAACGAAGCAGAAUCCUUCCGCCACAGUGUGCCCAGAGCGUUCGCCGAGUCGGUCACCUGUUUGAUGAUGAAGGAGUAGCAUUGCUGGCUACCGCGCGCCACUACGCCGCCGAACAAUCGCGCAAGGAAUCAAAACCUCUAAUCGAUCAACCUAAGGUCACCGAUCAUACCAAAGUUAUUACGCUUAACCUUAUCACCCGAGUAAGUUAG